AAAUUAAAUUCUGUGGGUGUCCUUUUGUCUGUUUCUCUCACAAUUCCACUCUUUCCUUCAAUUCCAUUCACUCAAAUUUCAAUCCAGUGGGAUCCUCAAUAACGUGCAAUAAAUCCACACACAAUCACACAUCACCAUCUUUCUCCCUUACAACAAACUACGCACAUAACACAUUACACAUUAUCAUCAAUUCUUCAUUUGGGGAAGAAGAAAAAAAUUUGAUGAUGGAAUUUCGCAUUUUUCUCACAUUUUCUCUCUCCUCUUUACUCUUGCUCUUCCCUAACCCUUCCCAUGGCGGAUGGCUCGGCAACAAGCGUCGAGAAUCCGUGCUUAGAUUGAAGAGUGAGACUGUUACUUCUUCUUUCGGAGUUGAUCCUACUCGUGUUACUCAGCUCUCAUGGCAUCCAAGGGCGUUUUUGUACAAGGGAUUUUUGAGCGAAGAAGAAUGUGAUCAUCUUAUUAAAUUGGCUAAGGAUAAAUUGGAGAAGUCAAUGGUGGCUGAUAAUGAUUCUGGUGAGAGUAUACCCAGUGAAGUUCGGACUAGUUCUGGCAUGUUUCUUAAGAAGAGUCAGGACGACGUGGUCGCUAGGAUUGAGGGAAGAAUUGCUGCCUGGAGUUUCCUUCCACCAGAAAAUGGUGAGGCUAUGCAAGUUCUUCGAUAUGAGCUUGGUCAAAAGUAUGAACCCCAUUUUGAUUACUUCCAUGAUAAGGUGAAUCAGCAGCUUGGUGGUCACCGGAUUGCCACUGUUCUCAUGUAUUUGUCGAAUGUUGAAAAGGGCGGAGAAACUAUCUUCCCAAAUUCAGAGGGAAAACUGCAGCAACCAAAAAAUGACAGCUGGUCUGAUUGUGCUAAAGGUGGCUAUGCAGUGAGACCCUAUAAGGGUGAUGCGUUGUUGUUUUUCAGUCUUCAUCCUGAUGCAACUACUGAUUCACUGAGCUUGCAUGGUAGCUGCCCUGUCAUUGAAGGUGAGAAGUGGUCUGCAACAAAAUGGAUUCAUGUACGAUCUUUUGAUAGAUCCAUGGUAGAUACAUCUUCUGGAGGGUGCGUAGAUGAAAAUGUGAACUGCUCUCAGUGGGCACGAGCAGGCGAGUGUAAAAAGAAUCCUUCGUAUAUGGUAGGCGACGAAACAUCAAAGGGACAUUGCCGAAAGAGUUGCAAGGUUUGCUGAGCGUAUGUACAUCAGUCAUUCCCUAUGCAUGGAUUAGUUCUCGGCUUCCUUUUUCCCCCUUUUUCUUUUGGGUAGGGAUGGGGAGGCUUUGAAAAGGUUGGAUAUCAGUUUUGUUUAACUGUGGGUCAUCUAACACUGAGAUAGUUGUAGAUAAUGUUGUGUGAUUGUGAUAUUAGAAAGAAAGGAACUACAAGUCUACAACCUUGGAUUGUUCUUUCUCCCUUUCUCCCAUAUUAGUUCUAUCUUUUAACUGUACUUCUAAUA